AUGGCGCACCGGCUGCUGCGGGACGCGCAGGCGGACGGGUGGGAGCGGUCGGACUUUCCCAUCAUCUGCGAGUCAUACCUCGGCGACAACCCCUACGUCCGGAUGUUAAGAGCUGAAUAUGACAAAGAAUGCAAAAUUUGUGCGCGUCCUUUUACUGUCUUCCGGUGGCGGCCUGGUCGAGAUGCGCGGUACAAGAAGACUGAGAUCUGCCAGACAUGUUGCAAGCUAAAGAAUGUCUGCCAGGUCUGCCUGCUGGAUCUUGAAUAUGGUUUGCCUGUUCAGGUCCGGGAUACAGCACUCGCUAUCAAUUCUAAUGAUGCAAUUCCAAGGAGUGAUGUCAAUCGCGAAUAUUUUGCAGAAGAGCAUGAUAGGAGGGCCAGAGCUGGCAUAGACUAUGAUUCUUCGUAUGGGAAGGCUCGUCCAAAUGAUACCAUUCUGAAACUUCAGAGGACAACACCAUAUUACAAGAGGAACAGAGCUCAUGUUUGUAGUUUCUUUGUGCGUGGUGAAUGUACAAGAGGAGCUGAGUGCCCUUAUCGUCAUGAGAUGCCUGAAACCGGGGAGUUAUCUCAGCAGAACAUUAAAGAUCGCUACUAUGGAGUUAAUGAUCCAGUUGCACUGAAACUUUUGAGCAAGGCAGGUGAGAUGCCAUCCCUGACACCUCCGGAUGAUGAGACUAUAAGGACCCUCUACAUUGGUGGACUCAUAGCAGAAUAA